AUGAUCAAGACAGGCCGAAAUGUUACCAUCGUGUCUGACACUCAAGAGGCUGCUGACCAACUCCUGAAUGUGAACCUUCACGAGGAGAGAGCUGAGCCAGUGACAGGAAGUGAUGUCAGAAGUGAGUCUGCGCCUCUCCACGUCCCUGUUGGAGCCACUGUGCCCACUGGUGCCCCCUGGUGCCCCCUGGCUCUGAGCAAAAAGCAGCAGGUGAGAGGGACUCAGCAAAGGUGGGGCAAGAUAUAUUUUGGCGUUGCAGUGCGAAGUUUGGCUCAGGUUCAGUGUCUAAGAUCAGCUGAUAACUUGUUUGUGGUUGCUCCGGAGUUGAAAGAUUACCAGUUCAAAAAUACAAAGGAAGAACUGGGUGAAAAGCUCCCCUGGUCAGAACUUUUAAAAGUAUGGCAAAUUAACACCAGUUUACAGAAGGAAAAAGCGAAGAUAGAUUGGGAUUCAAAGAAAGAGAAGACUGAUUAUGGACAAGGAGAGGAGUCAGAUGAAGACAGUAAAGAGAAGCUUGCCAACAGCACCCCGGAUUCGCAUAUCUUAGACUAUUAUGAAAAUCCGGACAUCGAGGAGGAGGUAGGGAUGGAUGUCUUGGCACCGUGUAAAGAUGAGACUGAUGAAAACUUAAGAGGAGACGCUGAGCCACAAGUGCGGAAGUUUAGAGUCACAGGCGACAGUGCAGGAAUGAAACACUGCUUUGCCUCAAAUGAGGCUGCAAGAGGUUUUGAGGGUGCUGUUCAAGGUUAUUUUAAGUGGACUGAUAUGACCAACUUUGAUGUGGAGGAAUUAGGUGCGUGUAACUUCGCUGUUUUAUUCCCAGGUCCUCUUCCGUCCUCCACUGGUCUGCCUGUGUGCUUUACUCCGGUUCCAGGAUUUAGGAGACUGAUUCCUGACCACCUUGCAAUGACUGGCACAGCACACAUAGCAGCUCAGCUCGGAAAGCACAUCUUCAUGGAAGACACCUGUCUCACAGAUGUCCCUGAUGGGCGUGGCCUCUACUAUGUUCACAAUAACGAACUUCUUAAUGGCUUUGUCUUUAGGCAUGCAAGGGAUGUAGUUUAUGCAGCGAAUGGACUGCAUGUGGCUGCAGUCCUUUCGGACCAAGCGUGGGCUCACACCCCAAGCCCCGAAACAAACAGAUGGGAUCAGAACUCCACCACCCAGUGGACUCUGCAAGCCCACGAGGAGCAGGUCACCACACAUCAGACCUAUGACAGGGUAGGUACUAUCCAGGGAUUGUGGAGUAAAGAGACUAGUUUUGGGGUACUCUCUGGAGCCAAGAGCGGAAAUUCUGUUCCCUCGCUGCUCUCUGGUCCCACAGAAGCUGAAAGUCUGGACCUGAGAUACUUUUGGGCUGAAACCGGAGACCUGGACCGGCAGGGCAUCCUUUCAUGUCCUUCUCCUGUGUUGUCGCCCUAG